CCGCAGUGAGUGCCAGCGAAGUUGCUGAUGUUUUGGUUUUGGUCUAACAAAAGCUGUGAUAUUGCUAAAGGAAAUGAUAUGUAUUAAUGAUUUUUAACUUAUAUAACCAUGGCAUUUGUUGAUGAAGAUCUGAGUAUCAAAGAAAGGUUUUCUCUUUUGCUGCUUGACCCUGGUGAGAUAUACUUUGAAGACUUCAGUGUUUACUUUUACCCAACUGGUCUCAAGGCUGUAUCAGAAGAGGAAGCAAUAAGAAGGCGAUGUAGAGGAAGACUGAAGAUCUGUUCAAAGUCCGUUGUAUUCGAUCCUCAAGAUGUCUCCCAACCUAUUAUGAAGUUUCCUCUUAGGAGUUGUAUCAAGAUCGAGGAAUGGAACCCGCCACUCUUAUCCAAGAUUGGAUCAAAGCGGGACACUCUUUACAUCCAGACUUCCCAAACCAUUCAUAUGAAAUCUGACAAUGAAAUAGGACCUUACAACUUUAAGAAGGGUGAUAGCCGGUACAUUUUCACCUUGAACUUUGGGGCAGCUGAAGAUGUGGUACAUCCUGCUAAUCAGCUGGCCAGAGCAGCCACUCUUCCAAUGGCAGAUCAAGAUGCCAUGAUUGCAACUAUUGUGUACUCCAGGCAGAAGAGGGUGAAGUUUGACACAAGUCGUUUGGAGAGUCUGUAUGAGACCAUCGUCGUGGAGAUGGUUGGGGAGCGCAUCACACCGCUGGUAGUCAACCCUGGUCGCAUCAUGGUCACAUCUACUAUCCUGUACUUCCAGCCAUUCAAUAAUGUAGAGCCAGUGCCUGUCAUGAAGAUAAAGCUUUCUGAUAUCAAGAGGCUUGUAAAGAGGAGAUUUUUGUUGAAGCAUGUGGGGAUGGAGGUGUUUUGUGAUGAUUCAAUCCGAUCCAAUUUAUUCCUUGUGCUUUCUAAACCCGAAGAGAGAGAUGAAUUAUACAGAAAGGUCAUUGAACAACCAGGUGUCAGCUUACAAGAAUCAGGACAAGAGAACAUGAUGCUACUAUGGCAGAAUAAAGUUAUCUCAAACUUUGAUUACCUUAUGUACUUAAACAGUCAAGCUGACCGUAGUAUCAAUGACAUCACACAAUACCCUGUCUUUCCGUGGAUAUUAGCAGACUACACAAGCCUUGAACUUGACCUCAGUGACCCUACGACCUUUCGUGACCUCAGCAAACCGAUCGGUGCCAUUAAUCCCAAGCGUCUGGAGAGAUUUAGGGAGAGGAGAAAAGAUAUGCCUGAGCCCAAGUUCCUCUACGGUUCUCAUUACUCCACCCCUGGGUAUGUCUUGUACUACUUGGUGAGGGUAGCUCCAGAGCAGGCUUUGUGCUUACAAAAUGGCAGGUUUGACCAACCAGAUAGACUCUUCAAAAGUGUGGCUGAAACCUGGAACAACGUCCUAUCUCUCCCUUCCGAUGUCAAAGAGUUGAUCCCCGAGUUCUAUCAGCCUGAGAUGUCUGAUUUCCUGAUAAAUCGGAAGGGACUCAAGCUGGGUACGUGCCAGGAUGGUUCGACAGUCACCAAUGUUGUGCUGCCACCUUGGGCUGAUGAUGAAGCAGACUUUUGUAGGAAGUGUCGUGAGGCAUUAGAAAGUGAGUACGUCUCACAUCAUCUUCAUCAAUGGAUUGAUCUUAUCUUUGGUUACAAGCAAAAAGGGCCUGAAGCAGAGCAAGCUGAUAAUGUUUUCUAUUAUCUCACAUAUGAAGGUGCUAUAGACUUGGAUAGCAUAUCAGACCCAAAUGAGAAGGCAUCCAUGCAAUCCCAGAUCAUGGAGUUUGGACAGACUCCAAAGCAGCUGUUCACCAAGCCCCACCCUGCACGUUUCUCCACACCGGUGGCAGCGGUGGGAUUGCCAGAGCAGGUAGCCACCCAAAGAAGCAAGCAGUCAUCACCUCGCCCUGAGGACUGCUCAUCCUCAGGAAGUCCACUGCAAGAUGUGACUGAGGGUGUUCCCACUAGCUGGGUGAAUCAAAGCAAUGUCUUGGCAUCACAUGCCUCCCAAGAUUCAAACUCACAUCAUACAGGUACUUCAGACCCUUCUCAUGGUCAGCCAUCUACCCGGUCACCUUGGGAAAGAAUAUCACAGCUGCAGCCAAGUUUCAGUUAUAAAUUACAUAAAGACUCUGUGUGCGAUCUAAAGCUUUCAAGUAACAACAACACAGUUUUUUCAGUAUCCAAAGAUACACAACUGAAAAUGUACUCCUUAGAAGACCAGCGUCAGCUACGGAGUGUCAGCCUCUCCAAC